AUGAGCAAGCCAACUUUCAUUUUCACCGAUGCACACACUACUGGACUUGGGGCCAUGCUGGCACAAGGAGAUACACCAGAGAGCGUAAGACCAAUUGCUAUAGCUUCUAGAACAACAAACAAGGGAGGUAUCCACAAAUCGACCUUGAGGCCCUUGGUAUUGAUUUUGCUCUACGACGAUUUCGCAACUAUAUCCUUGGUUCCCCAACCGAUAUCCAGGUUAUAACUGAUCAUAAACCAUUAUGCUCUAUCUUCAACGGCAACCGUAAAGGCUCGAUUCGUACAGAAAGAAUAAAGCUCCGCCAUCAAGACAUCAGAUUUACGGUAAUCUACCAGUGUGGAAAAGUUAACCAAUCCGACUACCUAUCCCGACACGCGAAACCAAUCGAGAAAUUACCUCGGGAGGAACAAACUGAAGCGGAUGACCUCAAUAAUCUCCUGUACCUACUUCAUACAACACCAGCCAUCGACUGCGUGGGUAUUAGUGCUAUUGUACAAGCCACAAGUGAAGACCAGACUCUGCAAAAGAUAGUGGCACUCAUUAAGAAGGGACAGGCUUGGAUCCCAAAGACAGAACCUGCCGAAGUUCGACGUUUUCGACCCAUCCUUCCACAACUCACAGUUACAGGAAAUGCCAUAAUCCUCAAAGAUGAAAGGAUCAUCCUUCCGACUAAGCUCCAAGAAAAAGCUAUCCAGAUUGCACACAAGGGAGCCCAUCCCGGACAGGAGGGGUUGAAGCGACGGCUUAGAUAUCAUUUCUUCCACGGCAUGGAUAAGAAGGUGGAAGAGUUUGUAAAGUCAUGCAGUGACUGCAAUGUAUUUGUGGAUAAGAAGACGAAGGAGCCGAUCAAACCACACCGAGUACCAGAGAAGUGUUGGGAAACAGUUGCAGUGGAUUUAUUCGGACCAAUGCCAUCAUCUAAACAUGUGGUGGUAGUACAAGACCUAGCGUCAAGAUAUCCUGCAGCAAAGUUAGUCACAUCAACAAAGGCAGACAAAGUCAUACCAGUCUUGACAGAAAUUUACGAAACAUACGGCAACCCAGAUGUGCAGAUUUCAGACAAUGGUCCACCAUUCAACAGCAUUCAGAUGCAAAACUUCGCCAAGACCAAAGACAUCAAGUUACAGAAAUCACCACCACUACAGCCCUCCUCGAACCCAGUCGAAACCUUUAUGCGGCCCUUGGGCAAGGCUAUGAAAACUGGGCAUCACAGCGGUAUUCCCGAAAAAGAAAGCCUAAAAAAUGUCUUGAAAAACUACAGACAGACACCCACCCGGCAACCAAUCUUCCACCGGCAGCUAUGA